AUGGUGUUGAUAUAUGUUGAUGACUUGCUUGUUGCAGGGAAUGAUCACAAGUUGAUAUUGGAAACAAAAGAUAUUCUCAAGGACAGGUUCAAGAUUAAAGACUUGGGUGAAUUGAGAUAUUUUUUGGGAAUCAAAUUUGCUAGAAAUGAAUCAGAGAUCCUUAUGCAUCAAAGAAAAUAUUGUCUUGAGCUAAUCUCAGACAUGGGAUUGUCUAACUCAAAGACAGUUAUAGCCCCUAUUGAGCUGAAUCAGAAGCUCACAACUACAGAGUUUGACUUACAUUUUCCUACUGGUAAUGGAGAUGAUAGGGUGCUGGAUGAUCCUAGUGUGAAUCAGAAGUUGGUAGGAAGGUUGCUUUACCUAACAAUAACAAGACCAGACAUAGCCUUUGCAGUACAACUCCUAAGCCAAUUCAUGCAUAACCCUAAAACAUCUCAUAUGGAAGCAGCAAUGAGUGUAGUAAGAUAUGUCAAACAAGCACCAGGGAUGGGAAUACUUAUGACAGUCAAUACAACUAACCAGUUAAUUGCAUAUUGUGAUGCAGAUUGGGCUGCAUGUCCAAACAACAGGAAAUCAAUCACUGGUUACAUGGUUACAUAUGAAGGUUCUUUGAUCUCAUGGAAGUAAAAAAAAUAGGAUACAAUUUCAAGAAGCUCAGCUGAAUCUGAGUAUAGGAGUUUGGCUUCAACAGUUGCAGAAAUUAUAUGGCUGGUUGGUCUCUUUAAGGAGUUAGGGGUGGAACUAAAGUUGCCAGUGCCUAUAUAUAGUGACAGCAAAUCUGCCAUACAGAUUGCAGCCAAUCCAGUUUUCCAUGAAUGAACCAAACACAUAGACAUCGACUGUCAUUUCAUAAAGGAAAAGGUACAACAGGGAAUGGUUCAGCCUAUGUAUCUAAAGACAACAGAACAGCCUGCAGAUUUAUUCACUAAGGGACUCACUCAUCUACAACACACAUAUUUGCUUACCAAGCUAGGAAUGAAGAAUGUUUUCCAUACUCCUAGCUUGAGGGAGGAUGUUGAACAAUUAGUUAAAUGUACAAGUGUUGAUUAGUUAGAAGUU